AUGAUCAAUACCAUGUUCAACACUAUCCUAAAAGCAACACCACGGCUUCACAGCCACUUGGCUACGAGCAGAAUGAUCUUCCCUGAACUCCAGACUCAGUCCAGAACCGCAAGAACUAUAGAACUACAUGAACGGUGCCCCAUCAACACCACUCAGACACUAUCAACCCCUUUCUCAUCAGCACAAGAGAUCCUCGAGGCCUCCAUCAACUGCAACCAAAGCAGAUUCGGCAGUCUUCACCAAGAUAACCCAUUCCAAGGCUUCAUAAGGGGUUCAAGCAGAAACAAGGCGGUUUACAGGUAUGAGGCGCCGAGACGGAAAGCCGGACAACAAGCAACAUCUUCAACCACCUCCAGUUCAUAUCUAUCAUGCUUUGGGAACUUUGGAGGUCUAUUCACGCAUGUCGUUGAGGCUCUGGGUAACCCGAGAGAAUAUGCAAUCAACCGAUGGACAGAUCGAGAGGAGGAGAUUGAAAGGCUGCCGGAAAAUCAGGGCGAGAUUAUCAAACGUCUUCAGGCCGUGGAAAGGCGUCAGGAACUUCACUCGUAUAUGGCAUACUGCAUUGUGAGUGGCUUUGUGCUCGCGACUGCUCUUUUGAUUCUCGUGGCGUUUGCUGCCAGGGAGAUCAGAGAUAAGGGAAGGAAGGUAGAUAGCGAUGGUAGGCCUUAG